AGACUUUUACAUUACUUACACGAGAAUUACUCAUGAGAACCCAGUUAGUCAUCUAUGUAGCUUUGGAAAACAGUCGUGGUGAGGGAGCAAAGCGUUUCGGAAUACUGCCUCACUCGUCAGUCGUCACUCCUCAGUCCUCACUCGACUCUCGGGCAGUAGAGCGUCAGACCAAGGUAAGGGUACACGCGCCUCUCUCUCCUCUCCUCUCCUCUCGCUCCGUCACUUGCAUUGUUCACGCGGUUCUCUUACAAGUGAUACCGACGCUACCUGUGCACGAAUCAAACAGUUGACUGAAAGGAUAAAAUGGCGUGUUACUUCAAGGAUUCAAAGCCCAAAGGAAGAGAGAUAGAAUGAAAGAGUAUAGUAAGAUAGAAAAAAAAAAAAAACUUUCAACACACAUGAUAAAUAAGAGAAGUGAGGAAGUAAGAGAUUGACAACAGUGGAGUGAAUGAAAUAAACACUUGACUUGAAACUACACUGAAGAUAAGAAACUGAGACUAUUAAUGUGAAGGGAAAGAAGAGAAGGAAGAUUGUGAGAAGUUGAGAGAUGAUAAGAAUAAGCAUGAAGAAACUGAUGAGGCUGUUAAUGUGAAGGAAAAGAGGAGAAGGAAGGAAGAUUGUGAGGAGGUAAGAGAUGAUAGAAUAAGCAUGAAGAGACUGGGACUAUUAAUGUGAAGGGAAAGAAGAGAAGGAAGAAGACUUUGAGAAUAAGAGAAAUGACAAAGGAAGCCCUCCCUUUAUAGAAACACGAGAGAAGAAGAUAAACUAAACACACACACACACAAAAAAAAGAAGAUACAUGAAACUAGAGAAAAAAAUAAAUCAAAAUAGGGAAAACAGAAAAAAAAUGUAUCACAGAGACGCACAUGAUACUUAAUGAGUGAUACUGAUACUGAUACACCGAUCCCUGCUUCUCUACCGCAUUGUGUGACCUGACCUGACCUUAGUGUGACCUCUCAUCAUGUGGUCACUGCCCCUCGCUGGCCUUCUCGCCCUCACCUCGCCUGGCUGGUGUUCGUGGCCGGUGGGACCCUCCUUCGUGGACGCGCCUGUCAACGUGACUGUCAGUGAAGGGUCUCAUGCUUUCCUCCCCUGCAGAGUUGCCAACCUGGGCGAUAGAUCGGUAACGUGGAUGCGGAGUCGGCGGCUGCACAUCAUCACCGCGGGGCUGCUCACCUACUCCCCCGAUGACCGACACAGGGUGCUGCAUCCCAAGGGCACGGACGAGUGGAGCUUACUGAUCCGCCACGCCCGGCCAGGUGACGCGGGCUGGUACGAGUGUCAGGUGAACUCCGACCCAAAGAUUACCACACCUGUACUGCUGGUGGUGAAAGAUGCCAAGUUGGAUGAUCCUUUUUAUCUGCCUGACCACGAGGGAACUGACAACUUCACCCAGGCGCACAUUGAGGGCCCGCGGGAGAGGUACAUUCAAGAGGGCAGCAUCCUGGCGGUGACCUGUACAGUGGAGCACGAAGGAGGCGCCGCAGUGCAGGCUGUGGUGUGGUUCAGGGGCGCCACCAGACUCGACUACGACUCACCCAGGGGCGGCAUUGCUCUCCAGACAGAGAAGACUUCGAGCAGGACAGUCAGUCGGCUCAGGCUCUCGGCAGUCACCCCGACAGACUCCGGCCGCUACACGUGUCGCGGGGAUGCUGGCAGGGCGGCAUCAGUUGUGGUCCACGUGCAGUCAGAUGAGCCCCGCGCCGCAGUUCACCAAGGGGAUCACAGCGGCUCUCAAACACUGACACCCUCUCGCCUGAUCCUCCUCGUCCUCGCAGUCAGCCUCCCGUCUCUCCCACUUCGAUGACUAAGGACCGUAUCAACCACCUCGACGCUACGUAACCUUUUCAUUACUCUCAAGAGGCUUUAAUUGAAGUGACGCGGGUUUUUCAUAGUGGUUUUAUAUGGUUGUAGUAAUAUAUUAACACGGUUUCUUCAUUAUUAACCUCUUCAGUACCGGGACAUAUUUUUAGUAUGAGUUUUGAGUAUCAUUAGACGAUUUUAUUUGCGUCUAUGGAGGUCAGAAGAUUAGUAGCCACAGUCUUCACUAUUCUUAUUUUCGUAUAAGUUUCUGGGUCUGCAGAAAAUCACCAAAUAGUAACCAGAAUGAAUAUGGAAAUGCGUCAUGGUACUGAAGGGGUCAAGAAUGUUAUUUUUUAUGGUUGUAGUAAUAAAUUAACUAUUUCUUCAUUAAUACG